AUGCGAUUCGCAGAAACGUGGGAUGCAGGCCACCUCUUUCCGCCUCGGGAGUUAGUGCUCACUAGAACUGACAUGGAACAAUUUGAGGCGAUGGGUGACCAGCUUGUUGCUGAAACGCUACAAGCCAGUGAGGACUUUAUCGCUGGUGGACGGUCCGUCGACCUGGAUCGAUGGAAAAACGUAAUGGAAAAAGGAAGCAUGACAGCGUAUCGGUCACGGGCGCGGAAUCAGCGACAUGCACGACGUGGCCGACUGGAAACGGAAGAAGCGGUAGAGUCGUCGUUCGUGCAUCGCCCCAAAUUGUAUUCAGCUGAUAGCUCCUUCAGCGACUUGAUGGGACGUAGUUAUACGCACCUGUCGUGCAAUUCGUCUCAAGACGACGUGUCGUCGCUCGAAAGCUCGGGCUAUCAUGACGAAAGUCGCAUCGACUCGGAGUCGCCGGAGCAAAGUGUACUUGGCAAGUCACGCCCCCCUAAUUUCCCAAUAAUAUUCGGUGGUGGCGUGAUUUCCGGCACAGUGGACGAUGCAGCACUCGGCUUUUUAGCAGAUACAGAGGACCGCAGCAUCAUGCGUGGUGCGGCUAGCAAGGACGUGAACGUGAAAGACAUUCGCGUCUUGGCGCGAAUUCGUGGCCCGACACCGCAAGACCCGUUUCGGUUCUUAGGUAUUAAAUGGAGCUCCUACUCUUCAAGUAAAGCUGGAACGGUAGUGUCGAAGCCAAGGGAUGUCGUGCUGCUUGAGUCCACAGGUAUGACAUUGGACUCAACUGGAGAACAAGUGUGCUAUUUUUUGAAUCAUUCCGUGGAAAUUGAAGAAGUUCCAGAGUUUCGCAAACAAGGACUGGCACGUCUCCGCAUGUCAAGCUGUCGUAUUGUGCGUCCAUACAAUAAUCAAGGCGAGGUGGAGGUUUAUUUUCGAGGAUAUUGCAAUGCUGGUGGCCACUCAAGCAUUGGAGCAUCGACACAAUUCUUUUGUUACAAUUUGCUCGACACUGCACAAGUCGUGGAGGAGUCAUAUCUGAAGAAACUUGCGUGGUGUGUGCAUGCGAAUUCUUAUUACCAGAAUCACCAUAAAGACAAUGAGAAAUACGAAGGAUGCGCCUGCUGCCGUAAGUUACCGAUUAAAGGGUUCAAGAAGCUACUUGAGACUAGCACAAAGUGUUUCUUGUGUCGACGUAAAGUCUGCCGAAAGUGCACUGUGAAAAAGCACUUGCACAUUGACUCAACAAGCAAAAAGAAUCUCGAGUUUUGCUUAACAUGCUACUUGAAGGCAAAGAAAUUAUCGGCUUGGAAUGUUGCCGUGGCUACACUACCAAAAUCAGAUGGAGAUUGA